UCUUUUUCUGCGCUUCCUGUCACCAGAGGCUGAGCCCUAUAACGGAAGCGACACCAGCUUCAUAUUUCAAUGAGAAAAUAGUGAAAUUCGAGACCAAGACGUAAAAUUUGUCUCUGCCUUCAGUCAAGAUGAUCCACAGUCUCUUCCUGGUCAACUCCUCGGGAGACAUUUUCCUGGAAAAGCACUGGAAGAGUGUGGUGAGCCGCUCUGUGUGUGACUACUUCUUUGAGGCCCAGGAGCGUGCCAGUGAGCCGGAGAACGUCCCGCCUGUGAUCCCUACCCCGCACCACUACCUUAUCAAUGUUCUCAGACAUCGCAUAUAUUUUGUGGCAGUCAUACAGAGUGAAGUGCCACCACUCUUUGUCAUUGAGUUCCUGCACAGAGUCGUCGACACAUUCCAGGACUAUUUCGGUGUGUGCACGGAAGCUGCCAUCAAGGACAAUGUGGUGGUGGUCUAUGAACUACUGGAGGAGAUGUUGGACAACGGCUUUCCUCUAGCCACAGAGUCCAACAUCCUCAAGGAGCUUAUCAAGCCUCCCACCAUUCUCCGUACAAUGGUCAACACUAUCACAGGCAGCACCAAUGUGGGUGAGCAGCUCCCCACAGGUCAGCUGUCAGUGGUACCAUGGCGACGCACUGGCGUCAAAUACACCAACAACGAAGCCUAUUUUGACGUGGUGGAGGAGAUAGAUGCCAUCAUUGAUAAGUCAGGUUCCACAAUAACGGCAGAAAUCCAGGGAGUCAUUGAUGCCUGCGUCAAACUGACUGGCAUGCCCGACCUCACACUGUCAUUUAUGAAUCCUCGGCUGCUGGAUGAUGUCAGUUUUCAUCCGUGUGUUCGAUUCAAGCGGUGGGAGGCUGAGCGGAUCCUCUCCUUCAUUCCUCCUGAUGGAAACUUCAGACUACUGUCCUAUCACGUCAGCUCACAGAACCUGGUGGCGAUUCCAGUGUACGUCAAGCACAACAUUACUUUCCGUGAAGGAAGCUCCCAGGGGCGAUUCGACUUGACGCUAGGCCCCAAGCAGACCAUGGGAAAGUCUGUGGAAUCGGUGUUAGUCAGCAGUCAGCUUCCUCGUGGGGUUCUCAACGCCAAUCUUAACCCCUCCCAGGGAACAUACACCUUUGACCCAGUCACAAAGUUGCUAACUUGGGAUGUAGGCAAGAUUAAUCCCCAGAAGCUUCCCAGCUUGAAAGGCACCAUGAGUCUGCAGGCGGGGGCCUCCAAACCUGAUGAGAACCCUACCAUCAACAUCCAGUUGAAAAUCCAACAGAUGGCCAUCUCAGGGCUGAAGGUGAACCGCCUAGACAUGUACGGAGAGAAGUAUAAACCUUUCAAAGGCAUCAAGUACAUGACCAAGGCUGGCAAGUUCCAGGUCCGGACAUGAAAACCUCGAUUAUGCUCAAAAUGGACCAAACCUCCUUGGGAUGUGAUGUGUUGUGAUUUGUUGGGUGCACGUUUACGUACGGUACAUUACAGGCUUUAACUCCACAAAUAUAAAGCGCUCAUUGUAGCAACAAAUCACCUACAGUCAUCAAACACUUGAAUCCGAAGUACUUUUUCUGACCAAGUUGAUCUAUGAUUUCUGUAUACUAAGUUCUACUGAUGGCAUGGCUGAGGUGCUGUUAACUAUAGAUGAAAAUAGACUUGACAUUUUUAAAUGAUCCCUACAAUUUAUAAUGCAAUUACUGAAUGCAUAGCUUAUUUGUUUCCAUGACAGCUUGGCUGCUUCUGUCUUGGUGUACUGUUUUUUUCCAAUAUUUAUUUAAGUCCCUCUCCUAUUCAGUUUAUUGUGCUUUGCUGUGAAAGUAACAUUUGUUUUUUGUCGCCAGCAUGUAUAUACUGGUAUACAAUACAACAAGUUACCCAUAUUUAUGCACUUUCGCUGUAGAAGCUGAAAUUUCAGUGCAAAUGAAGUUGGCGUGGUGUUACUGAUUUCAGCCUCGACCACUUUCUCACCAUGUUUUCUGCAACACUGUAAAGCAGUGAUUUUUUUCAACCAGCGAGAGAUCAUGUGUGCCGUGGAGAAUUAUCCAAUGGUAAUUAUUUUGACCCCAAAUAAUUAUUAUAAUCGGUGUGUGUGUGUAUGUAUGUAUGUGUGUGCGUGUAUGUAUGUGUAUAUAUAUAUAUAUAUAUAUAUAUAUAUAUAUAUAUAACUGAAUGUGAUAUACUGAAAUGCAUAUCCUCACCAGGGUCACGGGUAUACAUACAAACUGUCUCAUGUUUUCAUUCAUGUUAUGGCCACCAUUUUAUCUUUCUGCAAAUGAGGUUGAAACUGUUUUGUUGUACAAUAAAUAUUUACGUUUCUGCUUUGAAA